AUGAAAAAAAUAUUUGCGAAAAUAAAUCGAUAUUGGCGUGGAGUUGAGCUCAGUCGCGACAGUGGCGCCACGACCAGUGGACUCUCGCAGCGCGUUCGUGCUCUCAACUCCGCUGCUGCGUGGCUGGAGCAAGAUGAGGAAAAACGAAGAGCGGAGGAGAGAAAAACUUGGGCGGAACUCGGGGUGGUCCGAGAUGACAAACGACGUACGACGAGACAUUGUUUAACCGAGUCAAGAGAUGUUUGCUGUGGCACUUGUGCUAUAUCAACCGUCGCUUCAUCAAGGACGAAGAGAAAGUGCAGAAACGUUUGCUGAUACUGACGGUUCCUAACUCAGUCGGACGUGGCAACGCGAGGACUCUCAAGCACGAUCGUCAUCGGUGAUUGGAGGGCGACACAUCUCCUUAGCUGUAAUGCAAUCGACUGAUCAAUGCACGUCCAAGGGCCAUUCACUCAUGAUUAGAACUUUCCGCUCACCCAACACAAUGAGAUGUUUUGAGGUUACAUUUUUCGUAUUUUUUUUCGUUGCGGUGACAACCGGAAAUUGAUCCCAAGGUAAUUGCGUGCGCAUCCGUGCUCUCGUUCGUCAGUCACUGUUUUCGGAUUCCGUAUAAUUCUUAUUAAUUAUCGCUGUGGGAGAAGGACGUGAUUGAUGAAAGCUUUGAAGCCAGUGGCAAGCAAAUUGAAAAUUGUAACGAUCGCCAACGUUUUUUACUUUUUUAUAGUAAUUAUGUGAAUGAAUUAUUAUUAUUUCUAUAUGAUAAAAG